AUGUCCUCCUUGAAAAACACAGCCUUGUAUGUCAAUGAGAAGGUGGAAUUCGAGAUACGACACCACCAGGAAACCCCUGUCCCCGGUGAUGGAGAGCUCCUAAUUGAAACGCUUUACUCCGGCGCAAACCCCGCAGAUGUCAAGCAUCCCACGCUGCUGGGCAUCUACCCCUCUGUCCUCGGAUACGACUUCUGCGGCAAAGUCGUCAAGCCACCUCCAGGAUCCAAGUUUUGCCCGGGAGAAAUCGUCGCAGGGUACACUCCCACUGGGAUGGGCAGGCCUGCAAAGUACGGCGCCCAUCAGCAGUACUUGGCUUGUCCCGAGGACAUGGCGUUCUCGGUUCCCGCCAGCCUCCCUCAGCACCAUGCUGCGUGCCUGAGUGUCGUGGUUAUGACCGCGUGUGACGCACUCUACAAUAUAUUCAAGUUCCCGCUCCCGGGCGUGGCCCGUAUGGACGCGAAGGAAUCACAGCCGCAACCGCUUCUGAUCUGGGGUGCUUCGAGCAGUGUUGGCCUCUCUGCGGUGCAGCUUGCUCGAGCUAGUGGGGUCCACCCUAUCCUCGUGACGGCAUCGCCCAAGAACCACGCUCUCCUCCUGCGUCUUGGUGCUACGCGCUGCUUCGACUACAAAUCUCCCACCAUCGUCGCAGAGAUAAAUGCAGCACUCGAGGAUGGUCGAUGGGGUAGGCUGGCGCGUGGGUUCGACGCUGUUGGAAGCCAGACCGAUCCCAGCUCAGCACAGCUGGUGGCUGGCUGCGUUGCCGACGAUGCAGAGCUUGCCUCUGUGGUUGUGCAGAGGGAUUCUCGAUUCAAAAUGCCGCUUGCUACGACAAACUCGGAUGUGACUAUCCAUGUCACGGGGGCACCCGGGCCUAUCACAAUCCCUGCACGGAGAGACGACUAUAAACGUGCUUGGGGAGCGUUUGAAUGGGCUGUGGCGAACUACGGAAAGCAUUUCGAGCUACCAGUGGUUGAAAUCUUCAACGGGACUGCAGAAGAAGCUCUGCAGCGACUCCAGGCCUUGGGUGGCGGAGGCGCUGGACAGGGAAUGGGGAAGCUUGCCAUUCAGCAUCCGCUACAAUGA